AUGUCGUGGUUUCUUCAGAAGAUCGUCCACAAUGAGGCGAUGAGAACUGAUCCCAAGGAGAUUUAUGGAUGGAGAGUUUAUGCUCUGGCUUGCUCUGCAUGCUUUGGUGGAAUGCUCUUCGGUAUGGACUCCGGCAUCAUUGGCGGAGUUCUCACUAUGCCACCAUUCAUGUCUGAAUAUGGCCUUACAGGUCUAAGCAAGACUGCACAGGCUAAUCUAUCGGCCAACAUCGUCUCCACUCUCCAAGCAGGCUGUUUCUUCGGAGCCCUGAUUGCCUCUCCAGCGGCCGAUCGAUGGGGAAGAAGGUAUGCCCUGAUUGGGGCAGCGACUCUUGGAAUUCUCGGUGUCAUCAUGCAAGCCGCGGCUAAUGGCCAUCUCGAGGUUAUGUAUAUUGGACGUCUCAUCACCGGAUUCGGUGUUGGCUCAGCCUCAAUGAUCAACCCCCUCUACGUCGCAGAGAAUGCCCCACGCGCCAUCCGCGGCGGUCUAACCGGUCUAUACCAACUCUUCAUUACAAUGGGAAUCAUGCUUGCUUUCUGGAUCAAUUACGGCUGUCUAUUGCAUAUCAAGGGCAAAGCCAUGUUCCUCAUUCCUCUGGCCAUGCAAGCCCUGCCCGCAGUUCUUCUAUUCGGCGGAAUGCUCCUCUGCAAUGAGUCGCCCCGUUGGUUGGCCAAGCAAGAUCGAUGGGAGGAGGCGCGCGCGACUUUGUCUAAAGUUCGAGCACUCCCUCCUGACCACCCGUACGUGGAGGAGGAGUUCCAGGCUAUCGCGACCCAGUUGGAACAGGAGCGUGCUUUGAUUGGCGGCUCCGGUUUCUGGGAUUUGAUGAAGGAGAUGUGGCUCAUUGCUGGAAAUCGCAAUCGUGCUAUGAUUUCUAUCUUCUUGAUGAUUUGCCAGCAGAUGACCGGUACCAAUGCGAUUAACUACUACAGUCCUCAGAUCUUUAAAAACUUGGGAAUCGUGGGUAACGCAACCAACCUCUUCGCAACAGGCGUCUACGGAAUAGUAAAAAUGGUCAGCUGCGGCGUCUUCCUCGUCUUCGUCGCCGACUCCCUCGGACGCCGCCGCUCGCUUCUCUGGACAUCCAUCGCCCAAGGUCUGGCAAUGCUGUACAUUGGUCUAUACGUCCGCAUUGCCCCUCCAGUCCAGGGAGCCCCCGUCAUCCCCGCCGGUUACUUUGCCCUUGUUUGCAUCUUCCUCUUUGCGUCCUUCUUCCAAUUUGGUUGGGGCCCUGUUUGCUGGAUCUACGUCUCUGAGAUCCCGAGUGCACGCCUUCGAUCCCUGAAUGUGGCCUUUGGUGCCGCGACACAAUGGUUGUUUAACUUUGUUGUUGCUCGCGCUGUGCCGGUUAUGUUGACUACUGUUGGUGCGAAUGGUUAUGGAACAUACAUAAUCUUUGCUUGCUUCUGUUUCUCAAUGUUCUUCUUUGUGUGGUUCUUCAUCCCAGAGACCAAGGGACUUUCACUCGAGAAGAUGGAUGAUCUCUUUGGAGUCACUGAAUUGAUCCAGCAGAAGGCGGCUGAUCCCGAGCAGGGCAUUGUCACUACAGACGCGGACAAAAUUGCCGGCACUCAUGUCGAGCAUGCGGCCCCUCCCACGCAACGAUAA